AUGCCGCGCCUGGGCCGGGCUCGGCGCGCGCUCCGCCGGGUUGGCCGUCGCCGCCGCCGCCGCCGCCGCCGCCGCCGCCGUAGCAGCCGGGCCCCGGCUCGGCUCGGCGCGGCGCAGCGUCCCGUAUCUCAUUCAUACUUUUGCAUAGUGAUCAGGCUGGCUGCGCCGGCGAGGUGGGAGACGCGCCCGGCGGCCGCUGCAGUGCGCCGCGUGGCUUUAGCAUGCAAAGACCGUCGUCGCCCGUGGCUCCGGCAGAACCGGCGCCGCCGCCGUCCGGACCGACGCCGACGCCGCCCCCGCAGUGACGUCGCUCGCCGCCCGCCUCACGUGGAAGAUGGUGUGUGCUGUGCGAGUGACGACCCGGUCGCUGUCAUAGACCCAGCCACAAAAGAGCGAUUUAUCAAGCAAUUUGAACCAGUACUUCCAACGCCACACUGUCGUUCCUCAAUGAAUGGCGUCAGAUAUGUGAUACUCCAAUUUUCUGACGUGUGUCUUCAAGGCUAUAGUUCCUGAAUUCAAAUUUAUUGGACAUUACGCUAAAUCAACGUACUGAUCUGUCAG